AUUAUCAUUUUCUAUUUUAUUUAGAGGCCUUAGAUACCACCAGAAAAGCCUUCAUCUAGCCAAACAUGCUGACUCAACAAUUUUUAGUGACAUAAAUGUGAAUAUUUGUUAAGGAAACGUAUGUUAAGCAUUUUUACAGCAUUAUAUGUAUCUUUCAUGCCCAGUUUGGACUUUUUAAAUACUUUUUAUUGUACAAUCUAGAUCCAGUUGAUUGACAAGAUUAUUAUAAAAUGACAGAAUUGAAUAAAACACUGAAAGUUUCAAAAUGGUAUUUUGGUGGUUUGGCAUCUGCUGGUGCUGCUUGUGUCACUCAUCCCUUGGAUUUAUUAAAGGUCCAUUUACAAACGCAACAAGAGGGAAAUUCGUCGAUUAUAAAAUUAACAAUGAAUAUUAUAAAGAAACAAGGAAUUCUAGCUCUAUAUAAUGGACUAUCAGCUUCUCUAUUACGACAACUCACCUACUCUACUGUACGUUUUGGCGUUUAUGAGGUAGGCAAACAAACAAUCGAGUCGCCGGGUAAUCCAGCCCCAUUUUAUAAAAAAUUUUUCUUAGCUGCAUUUUCUGGUGCAUGUGGUGGUAUUGUGGGCACUCCUGGAGAUUUAAUAAAUGUAAGAAUGCAAAAUGACAUCAAGUUACCAAAAGCAAAUAGAAGAAAUUAUACUUGGGCUGGAAAUGGCCUUUUGCGUAUAUACAAAGACGAAGGAAUAAAAACACUUUUUAACGGAUGUACAACUGCUACAGCGAGAGCGGUUUUAAUGACAAUGGGCCAAUUGAGUUUUUACGAUCAAAUAAAAUUAUCUCUCAUAAAAACUGAGUACUUCAUAGACAAUACAACUACACACUUUUUUUCCAGCUUACUAGCGGGUGCUAUUGCUACAACAAUGACGCAACCUCUCGACGUAUUAAAAACCCGAGCAAUGAACGCUAAACCUGGCGAGUACAAAAAUUUCAUGCAUCUUGUGUUAUAUACAGCAAAAAUGGGACCUUUAGGGUUUUUCAAGGGAUAUGUUCCAGCAUUUGUUCGCUUAGCACCACAAACAAUUUUAACAUUCUUGUUUCUUGAAAAUUUACGAUUAAAUUUUGGAUUUUUUCCGCCAUCUUAGAUUGUAUGCUUUAAAUCUAAGUAAGACGUUAUUUGUUGAUUAAAAUCAAUGCAUUAUUGAAUAGCACAAAAAUUUGGUGCAAAAUCCCAUAAUUAAAUUAUUAUUACCGAGAUAAUGUCAGCCUACAAUGAAGUUUCGUAUUUAAUUUGUCCAACAGACAUUUUCCCAUACCUUUUUACAGAUUGUCUUUGUAUUUUUCAAAGAAAAUUCAUUGUACACGUACAAAAUAUUCUUAAGUUUUUCUAAUUUUUGGCAAAUAUGAGUUUGCCGUGCAACUAUUGAUUAAUACAUUCCAUUAUGUGUUUUAUUCAUACUAAAACAUAUAUUUUUAUAAUUGUUUUUUAAAUCGAAGAC